CACACACACACACACACACACACACACACACACCCUCCCUCCCUCUUCAAGGCACCCUGCGCGACCUCUCACCAUUGGCCAAGUCCCGGAGCCCUCAGCAUCUCCAUCACGGCUGAAGGGACCAUUCGGGAAAGCAGGAGACAGAGGUGGACAAUGAGGAUGAUCGUGCGGCUCGUGUUGGGACUCUUCGUCCUCAAAGCGGUGGCGGCCAGUCCCAGAUUUUCCCGACAAGCGGACUUGGACUCAUACGACGGCACCAACUACGAUGUGGAUCUAGACAAUUUAAAUUUGGAGAACCCGGAUAACUACGACUACGAAGAUGGGCUGACAAUUGAUGAUCCUCUGAUAGAGAUUGGAACGCUGGCCCCACCUGACUACAACUACGCCGUACCCGAGGCCUCCCUAGAGGAGCAGACAGAGGAGGAGGAGGAGGAGGAGAAAGAGUUGCCGCUGACUCCCCAGCUCAUCCCUCAGGGUUCAGGGGGCUCCGGGGUCCUCAUGGGCCCAGACACACAGAAAGGUAUGCCCACUUGCUUGCUGUGCACGUGCCUCGGCGGUUCGGUCUACUGUGAUGACUUGAAGCUGGACAGCGUUCCACCUCUGCCCAAAGACACCACUCACUUCUAUGCGCGCUACAACAGAAUCACCAAGAUCAACAAGUCCGACUUCGCCUCCAUGAACAAGCUGAAGAAAAUCGACUUAACCGCCAACGAGAUAACCAGCAUCGACGAGAAGGCGUUUAUGGGUCUGCCCAACCUGGAGGAGCUGGUGAUCCGAGAAAAUCACAUCGCACAGCUGCCUGCGCUCCCCGAGACCAUGACGCUGAUCGAUGCUAGCCACAACAACAUCGGCACCAAGGGUCUGCACAGAGAGGCGUUCAAGGAUAUGACCGGCCUGCUGUACCUGUACAUCACAGACAACCACAUCGACUACGUGCCUGUGCCUCUGCCAGACAGCCUGCGAUCCCUACACCUACAGCGCAACAAUAUUCAAAUGAUUCACGGGGACACGUUCUGCAACCUGAAAGAUUUCAACUACAUCAGGAAUGCGCUGGAGGACAUCCGUCUGGAUGGCAACCCCAUCAACCUCAGCAGGACCCCACAGGCCUACGUCUGCCUGCCCCGCAUACCCAUCGGGGAUCUCAUUUAAACCACACAGACACAUACGAAUGCACGAAUGCAACCACAUGCACACAUCCUUUGUACAUAUUGACACACAAGACCAAACACACACACACAAACCAUUUGUUGACUUUUCAAAUAUUAAAAUGUCUGUCAAACUUUGUGUUGACAUUUCAUUUCAUCAACUUCCACAAACGCGUAAAUUAUGAG